AUGAAUACUUUGACGACUCAAGUUAUAAUCAAAAGAGAUGAUGGUACCACUGGAUUACCAUCUCUUACCAUGCCUACUUUAACUGGGGUUGAUACUUUCACUACUCCAUCAGUUUCAGUUCCACCUAAUGAUAACAAUCCUUAUAUAAUAAGACAACUGAAUCCAACUGGGACUGUAUUUAUAGCCGUUGGAGCCAUUGUUGGAGCUAUAUUAUUAGGAUUUAUCUUAUAUCAUUUGAUUAUUUCCCUUACCGCAUCAAGAGUGGCUAAGAAAGGUGUUGCCAAUGAUAAACAACUUUAUGAAAAAUAUCAAUAUAAUAAUAAUACCGCUUAUGGAGGUAAUGCAGGUUAUGCCGCUUCAGUUUUAACUCCAUCUACAUCCAAUUUCGGUAAUGAUUUACAACAAUCUAUAUCCAGAUUACAUUCUAUAAGUCCAUCCAAGAGUUUAAUGUUUGGAAAUCAUCAUCAAAAUUAUGCUGGAUCACAAAUGGGAGAUAAUUCAACUAUUUAUAAUUCUGAACCUGGAGCUGCCACAUCUAAACAUGAUUUAACUAAAAUGUUUAUUUCACCAACGGCUGAAGUCAUGCUGCAUAAAAGAAUCAAAUCUGGACAAUUUGGAGGAUCUACUGCUAAUGUUUCAAUGUAUGGAGGUAGUGGAUAUAAUGGAUCAGCUCCAAAUUUGGUUAAUACCGCCAAUAGUAGACUUUCUCAAGUUCCAAAUUUAUAUAUUAAUAAUGAUUUCAAUAAUAGUGAAUAUUCACUUUCUGUUUAUCAACAACAACAACAACAAAUCUUACAACAGCAACAACAACAACAAGAAUCUAUGUCGAAUGUUGCAUCUCCUCAAACUGCACCAAGAUCAACUAGAAAGACGGUUCCAUCUAUGUAUCUUGAAGAUUUAAUUGAUAAUGAAGGUAAAGAAUAA